ACAUGUUCUUCUGCACCUAGAGUUUAAACUUCGAGUGGAGUAAUUUUGACGAAAACCAUUUAGUAUUUUUAUAGCGAGGUGACUUCACAAGUAGAGAUCUUUAAGAAGACUUUAUGUGAUUUUAAAAAUUAACUUAGAUGUUUGGGAUUUGUAUUGUUGCAUUCUUAUUCUUUGGCACAUCAAAAGGAAAAGAAGUUUGCUAUGACAGGGUAGGGUGUUUUAAGGAUGAUUUACCAUGGACUGGGCCUUUUUCAAGAGAGUUGGCAGGUUUACCCUGGUCUCCAGAGAAGAUAAACACUCGCUUUCUGCUCUACACUAUAUAUAAUCCCCAAACCUAUCAGGAGAUCAGUGCAGUUAAUUGGUCGACUAUCCAAGCCUCACAUUUUGGAACAGACAAGAUCACCCGUAUCAAUUUACCUGGAUGGAAAACAAAUGGAAAAUGGCAAAGAAACGUAUGCAAUGCAUUGCUACAAGUAGAAGAUACAAACUGCAUUAAUGUAGACUGGAUUAAAGGUUCCCUGGAAUACAUCCGUGCUAUAAACAAUCUACGCGUUGUGGGUGCAGAGGUGGCUUAUUUUAUUGAUGUUCUCAUGAAAAAAUUUGGAUAUUCCCCUUCUAAAGUGCACUUGAUCGGCCAUAGCUUAGGAGCACAUCUGGCUGGAGAUGCUGGGUCAAGGGUACCAGGCCUUGGAAGAAUAACUGGGUUAGACCCAGCUGGGCCAUUUUUCCACAACACUCCAAAGGAAGUCAGGCUAGACCCCUCGGAUGCCAGCUUUGUUGAUGUUAUUCACACAAACGCAGCUCGCAUCCUCUUUGAGCUUGGUUUGGGAACUACUGAUGCUUGUGGUCACCUGGAUUUUUACCCAAAUGGGGGGAAGCACAUGCCAGGAUGUAAGGACUCAAUUUUACCUUCAUUUAACUUUGAUUUCAAUGCUUAUCAGGAAGAAGUGAUUUCCUUUGUUGAGUGCAGCCACGCCCAGAGUCAUCACUUCUAUGUCGAAAGCAUUCUCAAUCCUCAUGCGUUCAUUGCUUAUCCUUGUAGGUCCUACAAAUCAUUUAAAGCAGGAAAUUGCUUCCAUUGUCCCAAAGAAGGUUGCCCAACAAUGGGUCAUUUUGCUGAUAGAUUUCAUCUCAAAAAUAUGAAGACUAAUACAUCAUAUUAUUUUUUAAACACUGGGUCUCAUUCCCCAUUUGCCCGUUGGAGGCACAGAUUGUCUGUAAAACUCAGUGGAAGCGAAAUCUCAGAAGGGACCAUAUUUCUCUGUGUAGGCGGGACCAUUGGGAAAGCAGGAGAGUUUAUAAUUGCCAGUGGAAAACUUAAACCAGGCACGACUUACACAAAAUUAGUUGAAACUGGCAAUAAUGUUGGAAAUGUCACAAGUAUUGAGUUCAUUUGGAAAAAUCAUUUAUCUGAACAUUCUCAUAAUAAGUUGGGAGCAGAAAUGGUGAUAGAUAUAUCUGGAAAAUAUGGAUAUAAAUCUACCUUCUGUAGCCAGGACCUUAUGGGACCUAAUAUUGCCCAGAUCCUGAAACCGUGCUCUUCUCAGACACAGACCUGAUGGAUUUAUUUAGUGGGAGUGGUGAAUAAUAGAGGUUCUCCCACCCAGUAUCCAGACCAAACUUGGCCCUUGUAAAUGAGACAGAAAAGUACAGGUUUGUCUGGGACUAGGGGGAGGGGGAUUCCGUACAGAAUGUUCACCUCAUUGAUAAAUGUCCAUAUGCACCUUAAAAACAGACUGCGCUGAAAAUAAUUCUCAUCUAUAGGAAUCUGGGUAUCAAUGACAAAAUAGAACUACAUUGGAAUUUCCCUGAAUAAGAUGAGUGAUACAAACUCACUGGGCAAGCAUGAGCCUCUGGCUGGUUGAGUUUUUAAAGUAUUAUAUAUUUUGCAUAUUUCUAUGUGGAAUAAUCAUUGCUCUGAAAUGAAGAAUGUUUACUAUGUUGUUAAAUCUUGCUGAGACAAAUUAUGACCACAGUGCAUGAUGAAUGGGAGAUUAUAACCUUGUGGGUUCAUGGAUUUAUCUAUUAAUAAUGAAAACUAAUGAGAGUAACUAGUAUCUCCCAGGUGUUCCUUGGUCUUCAGAGGUAUAUCAGGUAAGAGUGGUUUUGGAGCUUAUCUGUUUUGUGUACUUCAGUUAGCAGAGGGCCCCUGGGGUCAUCACCUGGGGUGUGGCCCUACCUACAGGAGAAUUUUUCCCCUUCCUGGUUCUUGAAGGCUCUAUUGAGAAUUUGUAUUUAGC